AUGAGCACAGCAUGCCCCGCGUUUACUCCAUGCCCCAUCAGACUGUCACUGCUUUAUGCCCUGCUCAGCAUCGUAACUGUGCAUUGCAUUGGAAAAGUAAACCCGUUUGAUAAAUCUGAGACGACAAAUUGCCGUGGUCGUGUUGUAAUGUGGAAUUCUGUUUGCAGCGGGCAGCCUCCUCCCGUGCUGGCUGCCCAAAAUGGUGAAGAGGAGCCCCUUAACCUGAGCAGCACCAACAAGAGCGUGGCCAACAGCCGGUGGGCCCGGUCUGUGAGCAACCUGCCACAGCCCCGUGACUGCGCCCUCUCCGCCUGGUCCUCGUGGAGUAACUGCGAUCCCUGUCAAAAGAAAAGGUACAGAUUUGCCCGCCUGGAACAACCUUCUCAGUUUAAUGGAGAUCCGUGCGAUUACUCUGACAAAGAAACUGAGGACUGUGCUACAAAUAAUCCUUGCAGGAGUAAAGUGAGAUGUGAAGGUUUUGUAUGUGCAGUUACGGGGAGAUGCAUUGCACGGAGGCUGCUCUGUAAUGGGGAUGAUGACUGCGGGGACCAGUCCGAUGAAAAGAAUUGCAAAAAAGUGUUUAAAAAAUGUGACCAGAAGAUGGAGCAAUACUGGGGAAUAGAGAAUCUGGCAAAAGGGUUAAAUAUCUUCACAAACAACUUGGAAGGAUUAGUUCUUGAUCACAGGUACUAUGCUGGGGGAUGUUCUCCCCAUUAUAUUGUGGACACGAGAUUCAGAAAGCCAUACAAUGUAGAAAGCUAUACGCCAGAGACCAAAGGCAAAUAUGAAUUUACAAUGACUGAAUAUGACUCCUACUCAAAUUAUGAAAGCAGCGUCCUGAGGGCAAAAGCUUCGCAGUCUAGCUUCAGCUUUGGUAUAAAAAUACCAGGAGUGUUUGAACUCGGUUACAAUUCAAACGACAACAGGUUCAAGAAGUUCAUGCAGAGGAUGAAAAGAUUUUCUUCAACUUCCAGCAAAUUCAUUCACGCCCGUUCCGAGCUGGCUGUUGCUGUUUACAAGCUGAAGGCCCGAGCCCUGAUGCUGCAUUUUGAGUUCUUGCAGAGGCUCCAUCAGCUCCCAUCCGAGUACAGCUAUGGGGAGUACAGGGAGCUCUACAGAGACUAUGGGACCCACUACAUCACGGAGGCUACCGUCGGUGGCACCUAUGAAUAUACUUUAGUCGUGAACAGCGACGAGCUCCAAAAGGCAGGUUAUUCCCUGAGCGAUGUCCAAAAAUGUGCGCAGCAUGGCUUUAACAUUGCUGUCCACCUGACGCUUGGAAUGACUGUAGCUGGCUGCAAAUCCCUUUUAAAGGAGAUUGGAGACAGCACCUCCGAAAAACGGUACGUGGAAGAUUUCAUCGUCCUCGUUCGCGGCGGAGCCAGCGAGCACAUUACGGCGUUGGCCUACAGAGACCUGCCGACGGCUGCGCUCAUGCAGGAGUGGGGAGAUGCUGUGCAGUACAACCCUGAAAUCAUAAAGCUAAAG